UAAGGCUUUAAUGAUAUUCUGUUGUACUCGAAUGUAAGUCGCGUUCGUUUCGGUGUCAGUUUUUGCCAAUUUAUUUGUUUAAAUUCCUAUUAGGCGCGAGAAAUUAUGAAUAACUACAGUGAUAAUAUUAGUAACAAUGUGGAGGAGUCCAGAUGCUACUUUCGCCGUUUGGGUUUGCACGACAACUCCGAAUUUUCAAAUCAAAGCAUCAUCACGGCAAUCAGUGAAUUGGUAAAAUCGAUAACGACAAUGGACGAAACAAUUCUUGUACCUUGUCGUCUGAUGGACCUAAAAGUUGGUGACGAACAGGAUCGCAUAGCGCCGAAGAAGCACAAUUUGAAGAAUAAAAACGACGUUCAAGAAAUUCUGAGUUCAACCGAUUUGUUCGACGUUUAUAACAUGCUUAACAGUAUUAAAGCGGAUUUGUUAUGGGGGCAAAACAUGGAGCACGAUACAAGUAGUAAGACCGAAACACCCAAUACGCAAUUAACAGUUUGUAAAGGCCACAUCAGAAGACCGUCGACCGUCAGUGUGACAUCAACAAAUUCAUCCGCCUCGAUAAUUAGCGAUUCCGAGUCGGAGACUGGAAAUGAGAACGACUCUGGAAUUGAAGAACCACCUCAAGUGCAAAAUCAAACUGCGUUACUUGCACAAAACUUUAGAAGGCAUUUGAAAGGUCUCACCCGAUGCAUACGCCAAAUGAGUGACGCUACACAAUACCUCACUUUACGUUACCAGCACGAUAUUGGAAAUCCUCUUUGAUUUUAGUGCAAAACUGUGAGAAUGUGUGAAUGGCUGUAGAUAUAUUUAAGAGUUAUUUAAUUGUUUACUUUAUUCCUAACGGUCGGCGAAGGCAGAUCAAAUCUUUAGUAAAUUGAAUAAGUAUUUGUUACUUAUAUUUAUUUUUAAGAGUAUAGU